AUGAAGUUGGAUACCAAGGCCAUGCGAUACCUCAUCGCUGAGGACUGGCGUGUUCUAACGGCAGUCGAGCUCUGCAGCAAAAAUCACGAACUUGUCCCUACGACCCUAAUCGAGAGGACUGCCCGCCUUCGCGGUGGCCCCAGUGGCGUCCACAAGAGCAUCUCUGCCCUCGCCAAAGUCGGCCUAAUCGCCCGUGUAAAGGAAGCCAAGUACGACGGCUACCGCCUGACCUACGGCGGCCUCGACUAUCUCGCUCUCCAUACCCAUUCCCAGAAAAAAGAUGUCUACAGUGUUGGAAACCGAAUUGGCGUUGGCAAGGAAAGCGACAUCAUGGUUGUUGCUGACCAGACAGGCACGCAGCGGGUGCUCAAGAUCCAUCGACUCGGCCGAAUCUCUUUCCGAACCGUUAAGUCGAACCGAGACUACCUCAAGAAGGGCGCAUCCGGAUCAUGGAUGUACCUGUCGAGGCUAGCAGCUAUGAAGGAAUUCGCCUUUAUGAAAGCCCUUCGCGAAGUGGGGUUCCCUGUGCCGGAGCCAAUCGCGCAUUCUCGACACACCAUCGUCAUGAGCCUGAUCGACGCAUUUCCUCUUCGCCAAAUCGCAGAUGUUCCCGACCCAGCAUCACUCUAUGCUGACCUGAUCGGCCUUAUCCUUCGGCUCGCCAAGCAUGGGCUAAUUCACGGCGAUUUCAACGAAUUCAACAUCCUGGUUAAGGAGAACAGGUCCAAAAACGAUGAGGGUGAGGAGACUCUAGUAUUAGAGCCCGUCAUUAUCGACUUCCCCCAAAUGGUGUCGAUGGAGCACCAAAAUGCAGAAAUGUACUUUGAUCGAGACGUCAACUGCAUAAAACGCUUCUUUGAGAGGCGUUUCCAUUUUGUAACCUCAGAAGCUGGUCCCUUUUUCAAAAAUGCCAAGAAAAGUGUUGGCAAAGAUGGAGCCAAGAGACUCGACGCUUCUGUUGAGGCCUCUGGGUUCACCAAGAAGAUGUUGAAGGAUUUGGAGGCUGCUAUCAGGGAGAAGGCAGAGACCAAGGCCGGAGAUGGGGAAGAGGAUGACGAGGACGAUGACGAGGAUGACAGCGAGGAUGACGAGGAUGAUAACGACGUGGCAUCUGGUGGUCUUCUGGGAGACGAUUCCCGAGAUGCAGAAGUUCCAGUUGAUGAAUCUAUGGCUAAGCUAGCAGUUUGA